AUGGCGAGUAACGGUGUUCCCUUUCAAGUCCUGAUGCUCACAAAGAGCAACUACGACAAUUGGAGUCUAAGAAUGACGGCUAUCCUAGGAGCACAUGACGUGUGGGAGAUUGUCGAGAAAUGCUUCAUUGAACCGGAGAAUGAUGGUAGUCUAUCUCAAACUCAAAAGGAUAGUUUGAGAGACUCAAGGAAGAGAGACAAGAAGGCUCUCUAUCUAAUCUAUCAAGGUCUAGAUGAAGAUACAUUCGAGAAGGUCGCGGGAGCAAAGACGACCAAAGAAGCAUGGGAGAAGCUUCGAACUUCUUACAAGGGAGCAGAUCAAGUCAAGAAGGUACGUCUUCAAACUCUAAGAGGAGAAUUUGAAGCGUUGCAAAUGAAGGAAGGUGAACUCAUCUUCGAUUACUUCUCAAGAGUUUUAAUGGUUACUAAUAACCUAAAGAGAAAUGGCGAGAAGUUAGAUGAGGUGAGAAUCAUGGAGAAGGUUCUUAGAUCGUUGGAUCCAAAAUUCGAGCAUAUUGUCACUGUCAUUGAAGAAACAAAGGAUUUGGAGGCUAUGACGAUGGAGCAACUUCUUGGGUCGUUACAAGCUUAUGAAGAAAAGAAGAAGAUGAAGGAAGAUAUUGAAGAACAAGUACUCAAGAUGCGGAUUGAUCAAACUAAAGAAGAAAUUAAGCGGACGAAGUUAUCAAAGACGAGGUGGCGGUCAAGUCCGAGGACGAGGUCAUGGAUAUGGAAAUGGACGAGGUUGGAGGCCUCAUGA